AUGCGUACUAAUUCAAUCUGUAGUUUUUUUCACUUCUGUCAUGUUCAUUCUAACCAACCACCAGAACCAAUUCCUCCUCUCGAACCCACAGAAAUUGCGGACGACAGUAGUGAAGAUGAAGCAGCUCCGCCUCCGAUACUUCGGCAGAGCCGUUCUAGAAUAUCGAUGCUCGAAGAGGCAUCUGCAAAAUCGGCUGCAACUGAACAGAGCAAAGAAAAUUCCAGAUUCCUUGAAGUCGAUGAGUUAGGUUUUCCAACAGCACCAAUUGAGCCAGGACCUAUUUCGACCUACUCCUUCCGAAACUUCUUCUCCGCUAUCAACUUCCUGCACAUUAUGCACAAGAUUACCCGCGACAAGGCUCAUAGGUGUUUACUCCUUGUGCAGUAUAAAUGUAGCGCCGUGCUACGGAAGGGUCUCAAGAUACCGGACCCGCACCUUCGUCUAUAUACUCUCAAGCUGUUUAAGUCACAAGUUCCUUACUGUGGUAGGAAAUGGCGGUUAAGCCACAUGAGAGUUAUAACGGCGAUCUAUCUAUAUUGUCGGCCUGAGCUCCGCGAUGAUUGGCUUGCUGGCGGUGAUGUUGAUGCCGAGGUGGAGGAAUCGCUACCAAUGGAACAAGCACUACGAGGGUUAACCCACUGGUGGCAUGUUAGGCAGUACAAGGAUGUCUUGUCUACUGAGAAUGGGAAACCAUUGGUAGAGGAAGAGCGGGAUUUUUUCACACGAGAACUGGAGAAAAUUGGGUGGGGGUGGUUCGGAGAAGAGCUAAAUAAUGGUGUUGAUGAGGACGGAGAAUUUGUGCCUCAUAUUGGAGGAGGCCCUGAAUUAGAGAAAGCCAUACAGAUGGAGGCUUGGUAA